UAAUGGUUGUGAUUCCUGGAGGAAAUUCAGCAUACUUUUCUCUGUAUUUUGUGCUUUUUUAUUGGAAUAUGUCUCAUACAGGUUUGAUAGCGUGAUGUGUGCUUCACUGCACUGUUAAUUUCCAGGUACAGGUAAAGUACUACUGAUUGUGGUGCUAGUCGUCAAUCACUGCUCCGGUCAUAGAUAUAUUUUCCUCACUUGAAACACAUCAUGUUCCCAUGGCCAAACUAAUAGUAGCCUAUGCCCUGUGGGCAGUAGGAGGCCCUAUGGGUCUUCAUCACCUGUACCUCAGAAGAGAUAGCCAUGCUCUCCUGUGGAUGCUCACUCUGGGAGGCUUUGGGGUCGGCUGGAUGCGAGAGUUCUUCCGUCUCCCGGCCUACGUCAGUGAAGCCAAGAAGAAGCCUGAAGAAGUCAAACGUUCCUCCACCACUGCCCCACCGGUGGGCUUAUUUCGCUUUGCUGGUCAGAUCUGUGUGGGUAUCUACUUUGGCUCAGUGGCUCUGAUCAGUCUCCAAUCUCUGAGCUUCUUCUAUCUGAUUGUGCUCCCGCUGAGCGUGGGGGCGGGCAUCCAUCUGGUGUCCUGCGUCGGCCAGCAGACAUCUGACCUCCAGAAGACCCUCACUACCUGCAUCAUAACAUCAUCCAUAUUCUACGGCAGCACGCUCUCCCCUCUGCCCAUCAGUAUAGCAGCCAGUGUGACAGCAGCCAAGAACAGAAGAUUCAAGGCUAAGCAACGUUCUGGAGGCCAGCCUGAGCCUAUGGGGCCUCGUCUUUUUCGCCUGAGCCUGGCCGUGUUGGCGUUCUCAGCUCCUCUGGGAUACGCCGUCUUUCACAACACCACGGCUACACUUUACUACAUUUCAGAUUGCUUGGCAGCGAUCCUCGAGAUGUUUUGGUUCUUCCCCUGGCUCAGGGGGGCCCUGGAGUAUGUCCUGUUGCUGCCGUAUCAGAUCCUGUGCGCUCUGACAGGUGGGAGUUACUACGAGGAGAGCUGGAGGAAGGUGCUGGAAAUACUUCUGAAUGAGUACAGCAAAAGAGAGAUGGAUGCCCUGAAGGUGCUGUCAGUCUCUGAGGGGGCCACACUCGAGGAAAUAACCACCAGCUACAGGGAUCUGGUUAAAUUAUGGCACCCAGACCACAACCCCAAGCAGCAGGACGAGGCACAACAGAUGUUCAUUCAAAUCCAGGAGGCAUAUGAGACACUUAUGAACAGACAUAGGCCACGAAAAAGGAAGUGAUUUUAUUAUUAUUAUUGAAGCACUAUAUGUAUUGGGUCAGAAUACAUGUUGGCUAACAUGCCUUUGAUUAAAAAAAAAAAAACUAAAGGGGGAUUCCAGCUGCAGUGAAAAAUAAAAGCCUUAAGCAUGUCUGUGGUUUACAAAGAGGGAGACUUGUAGGUUUAAAAAAGAAUUAGUAAAAAAAUCCCUCUGAUUAUGUGUCUUGAAGGUGGGGGAAAACUAGCACUUUGGGGGCAGUGGGGAAACUUGUGAGCUUCUAAAGCUGUGCAUUACAAAUACAGAUUACAUAUACAGAGUGUAUGUUGUAUUUUCAUAAUGGAUGUGAGUUUCAUAGUGAAAGAACACUAAUAGAUGAAAACACAAUAAAUAAUAAAUUCUUUAAAAAACUGUUGAA